AAAUUCUCAGUUCCUGCUUCCCUUGUCUCGCAAUAACGCGUUGCAUGAUUAUUCUGCGUAUGCGAUUCCAAUUUCAGUUUCAGAGACACCUUCGUGCAUCAGUUGGCGAUGGAGGGCGCGCUGGAUUUGAGUUCGCUGCUCAGGCUGCUGUCGCAGGCGGAGCGGCAAGUCGGGCAGCUCAUGGCGCAGGUUCACGCCGAUGGGAACCAGUACCGACGCACAGCUCUGCUGCAGCAGAUACGGUCUUGUUUGCAGGACGCCAUCGCCACGGCUAAGAUCAUGGAGCCUGAGCCCUCGAACCUACCGCCGCAGUUACCCCUUUCCGACUCGCCGCCGAUUUCAAACAGCGGCAGUCCCCGGAGCGAGUGCUCCGAGCGAGUACUGUUCAAGGAACACGAGCGCAGGGAGAUGUGCAAGAAGAGAAAAACUCUAUCGAAAUGGGCGAGCCGAGUUUGCGUGGCCGGCGGCGGGCUUGCGGAGGGGUUGGAAGAUGGAUAUAGCUGGAGGAAGUAUGGGCAGAAGGGAAUCCUUGGAGCCCGGCAUCCAAGAGGCUACUACAGAUGCACUCACCGGAACACCGCCGGCUGCCUCGCCACAAAACAAGUGCAGAGAUCCGACGACGACUCUUGUGUCUUUGACAUCACCUACCGCGGCGACCACACCUGCCAGCAGAAGCUACAAGCUCCGCCGACUCCGGGAGCAGACGAACCAGCCACUAGCCAAAGCCAUGACCAACACCAAGCUCAAGUUUUGAACUCUUCCUUCUUCUUCCCUUCCUCGUCCGCCCAAAUCACAAGUUUUCCCCCUCAGAACCUCGUCUUCUCGUCGACGGCGGCAGUUGAAGACCACCUCCACAACUACUACACGGGGAGCUCCACUCCCCUGUUCAUUUCUCCGGCGACCUCGGAUUCCAAUUACUUCCCAGUGGCUCCUUCUCAAGUAGCAGUUCAUCCGAACGCUUCCGAGUCUGAGCUCACUGAGAUCGUCUCGGCAGCCGCUUCGACGACCAACUCACCGAGGAUGGACGCAAAUUUUAUGCUCGACCAGGCGGAGUUUGGUCCGUUGUUCAACUUUGAUCCGUCCAACUUUUUUGGAUCGAGUUUCUAAUUCCUGAAAAAGGAAUUGACGUAGUCAAAAAUGUUCUUUCUAGUUUUGCCCAUCUAGGAUUCCAAAAAUCUGGAAUUUAUUUAUCUCUUAUGUAAUUGCUGAAACUUUAAGUUGUUCCUAUGUUUAUUUUUGCCC